UUUUAAUGGACAUAAAUGAAUUAACAAUUCUUGAUGCCAUGGAAGAAGUUAUCGAUGAUACUAAGGAUUUUAUUGAAAUUAGAGAAGUCGAUCCUGAAUUAGGAAUUAUUCAUAAAAAAAUUGACAUUUCAAUCCCAAUGGUUACAAUUGGAAUGCUUGAAAAAUUCAAAAAAGUACUUUAUGAUAGUAUGCAUAAAUAUUGGCAAUUGGUUACUAAUGUUGGCAUGCUUGCAUGUUUGCUUGAUCCACAGAGUGGAGUUUAUAUGGCUUCUCAACACUCGGCAUCCUUGUCUAAUAUUCAGGAAGAAACUUUUGAGAUUA